AGAGGAGGAGUAGAAGCAAAGAUGGCGGCGAAUCCGAACUCCAACAAAUAUGGAUUUGAUUGUCCAAGCUGGGCAGGAAAGCCACCUCCGGGCCUGCAUCUAGAUGUUGUCAAAGGAGACAAGCUGAUAGAGAAGCUAAUCAUUGAUGAGAAGAAAUACUACCUGUUUGGACGGAACCCGGAUAUGUGUGACUUUACCAUCGAUCACCAGUCAUGCUCCAGAGUUCAUUCGGCACUGGUUUACCACAAGCAUCUGAAGAGGGUGUUUCUCAUAGAUCUCAACAGCACACAUGGCACCUUCUUGGGCCAUAUCCGUCUGGAACCUCACAAGCCUCAGCAGAUACCCAUAGACUCCACGGUUUCUUUUGGAGCUUCAACACGAAUGUACACUCUUCGUGAAAAACCCCAAACUCUUCCCGCUGCUUUGAAAGGGGACGAGAAAGCUGGGGAGGACGAUGAGUUAAAGGGUCUUUUGGGUCUUCCAGAAGAAGAAACUGAACUUGAUAAUCUGACAGAAUUCAACACAGCACACAAUAAGAGGAUAUCUACGCUAACCAUAGAGGAAGGUAACCUUGAUAUUCAGAGACCCAAAAGAAAGAGACGGAAUUCUAGGGUAACAUUCAACGAGGACGAUGAGGUUAUUAACCCCGAGGAUGUCGAUCCGUCAGUUGGACGUUUCAGGAAUAUGGUGCAGACAGCUGUGGUUCCUGUAAAGAAAAAGAAGAUUGAGAGCCCUGGGUCUCUGAGCCUGGAAGAUUCUGUUGGCAGGCGUGUACAGAACUUUCCGUAUGCUGGAGGUUUAUAUGGAGGUCUACCCCCUACCCACGCUGAAGGAGGAGCACAGACAGCUGGUGGUCACGGCACAGCCCUGAUGGGUGGCAUGCCCUUCCCCAACUUGGCACCUGAGGUCGAUAUUGCACCAACUACCCCUACUGCUACUUCAAUCACAGCUGUCCCUACACCAUCCAGCUUUGCCGCAGAAGCAGUUAAUGAGCCCAAGAAAAAGAAGUAUGCGAAGGAGGCAUGGCCUGGAAAAAAACCCACCCCUUCAUUACUUAUUUAAUAGAUCUCAGUCAACUUCGGAGCUAGAGGGCAAAGCAACUUUUCCACCAAUAAUAGCCCUUUUAUUUUCUAUAUGACAUCCCGCUCCUUCCCAGGCUACUGACACGCUGUAAAUACUGUAUUUGUUCACUGAUAAGCUUAAGGGCGGGCCGUGAGACAUUUCAUCAAUUAAGGUUGACGUUUUCUCUUGAUAAAUAUACUUUUUAUAUAAAUGUUUAGUAUCUCUAUACUGGUAAUGCACCAUUGCAAUCUACAGCUGUGUGUGUGUGUGUGUGUACACAAAGGAAUAUUCCACAGAAUAAUGCUAUCUGUAUUUAUAUAAAUAAGUCAUCAAAGCCUCUAGAGUGGAAUUCAGUAAACCUGUUGACUUUUUCCAUUUUUUUUUUCUGUAGGAAAAAAAAAACAUUUAUUGGUUUGUGGUAUAUAUACAAUGUAUAGAGACCUGUACAGAUGACAGCUUAUUUUUUUAAGAAUAUUAUUUGACCUCUAUCCAUAACUUCUGCUCUGUUAUGUUUGAGUGUUUUUUGACCGUGUACUUGCUUUUAUAGUCAUUCUUCGUUAAUAUAAUGAUUUGACCCA